AUGGACGAAAGACAGAUCGAGAAGCACAUCUGGAUCAACAAUGCCAUGCGCGAACCUGCGCAAGCUACCAUGCCCGUUCCACAGAACUCGCAGGCGUUUGUGGCCUCGCUGGCCAAGCCCCUACGCAUCCCGGUUGUUUACGACCGCGACGGCAGCACGAUAGACCUCUUUCCACAGCGACUCGCAGGCGUCAGCUCUUUUGGCCCCAGCGCGCCGCUGUCGCAGACCCCCUCCUCCUCUUUCUCGUCGGCACCCACUCCCCACCAUGCAGCCACACAUGGCACGGACUACUCCCCUCUGUCUUCGCCAACCACACCGUGCCCGGCGGGUGCCGUCCAGGCCGCUGUAACAACAGAGCCGACCUCCAUCCUGCGCAAGGGUCCCCGCGACGCCAACUGGCACCAGAAGGAGAUCAAAUCGUCGAGCCAGAGCAUGGUCCGUGAACUUUCGCCCGACUCGGAGCGCAACAGGGGUGGCGACAACGUCGAAGACUUGAAGCGGCGGAUCACAGAACUAGAGCAGGAGCUCGGCGCCGCCAAUGGCAAGCUCGGCGCCGCCAAUGACAAGCUCCGCGCCGCCAACGACGAGAGCGAGGCGUACCGUCUCCGAGCCUCCCUCAGCGACAAGAAGGUGGGCGACCUAGGUGAAAUCGAGCGGGUGCAAAAGGGUCAAAUUGAGGGCCUCAGGGCGACACUCGACAGCAGCCUCGCCUGUCAAAUCGACCUCGCGAAUAGGAUCGAGGGCUUACAGAGUCGAAUUAAAACCAAGAACGAGCUGCUUGACAUCAUGGCGACAAAGCAUAUAAACACUGCGCAGCCUUACCUCGACAGCCUCACUACGGGCCAGCCACAAGAUUAUCCAGAGGCUGUAGUCGAGAAACUCAAGGAAAGUCUGGAACUGGCGGCACAUGUGAUUGCGACAACCCCCAAAUGA